UUUGCUGUGGCUGCGAGAGGGCAACAACCGAGAGCAGCAGCCACCCACCCGUCGUUUCUCCGGAGCAAAGAGAAGAAGGCGAAAAGAAGAAAAGAGAAGUGGGAUUUUGAUCCAAUUGGAUUCCACCGGGAAGAGAUGGCUGCCGCUUCCCUGCUUCUUUCUGUCCCCGUGGCCAAGACCGAAGGGACGCUACUCUCCGGGAGUAACCUCUUACUCAGGCCGGACCGGGUAGCCGCGUUAUUUCGGCGAGGCAUCCACCGCCGAGCGGCCAAGUGCCGCCCCGCUCGUCGCCGCCCUCCCGCCGCCGUGGCGUCCUUGGGAGGCCUGCUUGGCGGGAUCUUUAAGGGCACCGAUUCCGGCGAGGGCACCAGGCAGCGGUUUUCGGAAGCUGUCGCUCUGAUCAACAGGUUGGAGCCCGAAAUGUCACGCCUUUCGGACUCGGAACUGAGGGAGAGGACGUCGCUCUUGAAGGAGCGGGCGCGGAACGAUGAACCGCUCGAUUCUCUUCUGCCUGAAGCAUUUGCUGUUGUAAGAGAGGCUUCGAAGAGAGUUUUGGGUUUGCGUCCUUUUGAUGUGCAAUUGAUAGGUGGCAUGGUUCUACACAAGGGAGAAAUCGCAGAAAUGCGGACUGGAGAAGGAAAAACGCUUGUGGCUGUUUUGCCAGCUUAUCUGAAUGCGUUAAGUGGGAAAGGAGUGCAUGUUGUUACCGUGAAUGAUUACCUUGCAAGACGGGAUUGUGAAUGGGUCGGUCAAGUUCCACGAUUUCUUGGACUGCAGGUUGGCCUGAUCCAACAAAAUAUGACAAGUGAGCAAAGAAGAGAAAACUACUUAUGUGACAUUACAUAUGUCACAAACAGUGAGCUUGGAUUUGAUUAUCUAAGGGACAACCUUGCAAUGACUGUUGAUGAGCUUGUCUUAAGGGAUUUCAACUUUUGUGUGAUUGAUGAGGUUGAUUCUAUUCUUAUUGAUGAAGCAAGAACACCACUGAUCAUCUCAGGCCUUGCUGAAAAGCCAAGUGAUCGGUACUAUAAAGCAGCAAAAAUUGCAGCUGCUUUUGAGCGAGAUAUUCAUUAUACAGUUGAUGAAAAACAGAAAACCAUUUUACUAACAGAACAAGGUUAUGAGGAUGCUGAAGAAAUAUUGGAUAUAAAGGAUCUUUAUGAUCCUCGUGAACAAUGGGCUUCAUAUGUUCUAAAUGCAAUUAAAGCUAAGGAACUCUUCCUUAGAGAUGUCAAUUAUAUUGUACGUGGGAAGGAAGUUCUUAUUGUGGAUGAGUUCACAGGCCGAGUAAUGCAAGGCAGACGGUGGAGUGAUGGUCUUCAUCAGGCAGUCGAAGCAAAAGAAGGUUUACCAAUCCAGAAUGAGACCAUCACACUCGCAUCAAUUAGCUAUCAGAACUUCUUUCUUCAGUUUCCCAAACUCUGUGGCAUGACUGGCACUGCAGCAACUGAGAGUGCAGAGUUUGAGAGCAUAUACAAGCUGAAGGUUUCAAUUGUUCCAACAAACAAGCCAAUGAUAAGAAAGGAUGAGUCAGAUGUUGUCUUUAGGGCAACUACAGGAAAAUGGCGUGCUGUUGUGGUUGAGAUAUCCCGAAUGCACAAGACUGGUCGGCCUGUGCUUGUUGGUACAACGAGCGUGGAGCAAAGUGAUGCGCUGUCAGAACAAUUGCAUGAAGAUGGAAUUCCUCAUGAGGUCCUCAAUGCAAAGCCAGAAAAUGUUGAGAGGGAAGCAGAAAUAGUAGCACAGAGUGGACGUCUUGGUGCGGUGACAAUUGCCACUAAUAUGGCAGGUCGUGGAACAGAUAUUAUACUUGGAGGUAAUUCUGAAUUCAUGGCAAGGUUAAAGCUUCGUGAGAUACUUAUGCCAAGUGUUGUCAAGCCAAUUGAGGGUGUCUUUGUAUCUGUGAAGAAACUUCCACCAAGAAAGACUUGGAAGGUGAAUGAGAAAUUGUUCCCUUGUGAUCUCUCUAAAGAGACAAUAUCAUUGGCCAAUGAUGCAGUGGAAUUAGCUGUCAAAUCCUGGGGGCAGAGAUCAUUAACUGAGCUUGAAGCAGAAGAGAGGCUCUCUUACUCAUGUGAAAAGGGACCCACAAGAGAUGAAGUCGUUGCAAAGUUAAGGGAUGCGUUUAUUAAGAUUGUUCAAGAAUACAAGGUUUAUACAGAUGAGGAAAGAAAAAAGGUUGUGGCUGCUGGUGGGCUUCAUGUGGUAGGGACAGAGCGCCAUGAAUCACGGAGAAUUGACAAUCAGCUUCGUGGUCGAAGUGGACGACAAGGUGAUCCUGGCGGCUCUCGGUUUUUUCUUAGCCUUGAAGAUAAUUUAUUCCGGGUCUUUGGUGGAGACAGGAUACAGGGUUUGAUGCGAGCUUUCAGGGUUGAGGAUCUGCCAAUUGAAUCAACAAUGCUAACAAAGGCACUAGAUGAGGCUCAAAGGAAGGUUGAGAAUUACUUCUUUGAUAUCAGAAAGCAGUUAUUCGAGUAUGAUGAGGUGCUAAAUAGUCAGAGAGAUCGUGUUUAUGCAGAAAGAAGAAGGGCCCUUAUAUCUGAUAACCUACAGUCACUUAUUAUAGAAUAUGCUGAAUUGACGAUGGAUGACAUCUUGGAGGCAAAUAUCAGUCCUGACACCCCCAAGGAGAACUGGGAUCUUGAGAAGCUGAUUGCAAAAGUUCAACAAUACUGCUACCUUUUGAAUGAUUUUACACCGGAGUUGGUAGGAAGUAAAUGUCCAAGCUACGAGGAUUUGCGGGAGUAUCUUCGGUAUCGAGGACGUGAAGCAUACUUCCAAAAGAUGGAAAUAGUGGAGAAACAAGCACCAGGGUUGAUGAAAGAAGCCGAGAGGUUCCUGAUCUUAACCAAUAUCGACAGACUAUGGAAAGAGCAUCUUCAAGCAAUCAAAUUUGUCCAGCAAGCUGUUGGCUUGAGGGGAUACGCACAGCGAGAUCCUCUCAUCGAGUACAAACUAGAAGGAUACAAUCUCUUCCUAGAAAUGAUGGCCCAAAUCCGCAGAAAUGUGAUCUAUUCUAUUUACCAGUUUCAACCGGUGUUGUCGAAGAGUCAACAACAAGGUGAUGGUUCAAUGAGGAAGGAUUCAAGAGGGAAGGGGGCCGAUACUGAUGCCAACCCCAUCGGUGCAGCACAGGCAGCAUCGUAGAUUGGUUGGUGAUUCAGAAGGUACACUGUUCUUCAAAGCGACAGUAAAAGCUGUGACCUUAAAUCCAGUAGGGGGGGGGAUUCUCUUUGUUGUAUCAUAAAUUGUCCAAAUUAAGGGAAGUAUUUACUGUAAGGAUGUUAGAUAAAAAAAAAGUGUAUUAUGUAAAAUGCAUACUUGAAUAUAUUGUCUCGGUUUUGACCGCUUGGGGAAUUUACAGUCAAUAUUGAGAUUGGAUGAAAGAUGUCUAUGUCAAAGUUUCAAAAUCUUUGCUCCUUGACAUAUUUUUUGGUUCAAAGGGUAUUCAAUAUUUGAAUUCGUUUCUUCUA